AGUGACUAAUAUUAAAGAGAACCAACUCUCAGGAGGGAGUUUCCUAAUUUGCAUGCAGAAUUCAACAGAAAACAGAUACGCUUCUGUGCGUGAGGUUUAUAAACUGAAUCCCAAGUGGAGAGAUUACUGGAGCCCAGAGACUUGCCAGGGGACGGAGUCUGAUGCAAGGCUCGAGUCUUCUGUACACCUGCGUGUGAUCCAGGGACAGUAUCUUGUUCAGGGGCUGUGUCUGACCCAGGAGCAGUGUCUGGUCCCGGAGAGUGUCUGAUCCAGGGAUAGUAUCUUGUCCAGGAGGCAGUCACCUCUGCCUUUUACAGAGUCUGAUACACAGCAGGCAUUGAGUGGUAGAGAUGGUUUUGGGUGUUGAUAUGAACUCUCUGUUGAGCUACGUGGAGCCAGUGGUGGUUGUUACGAACGUGGCCAAUUCCCUCUUUGAUACAGCGCUGCUGAUGGAGGUAUAUGACCAGCUAAAUGGGACAGCGGCUGGGAACAGUGACGUGGUCCAGAAGGAAGUGGCCCGAUUCUACAUGAUUUACAACAUGAUCUACUCGUUGGCCCCCUUACUGACCACAGUGCUGUUGGGAAAGUGGGCAGAUCGGCAAGGCCAGAAGGUGCUGCUGGUAGUGCCAUUACUGGGCUACCUGCUGGGAAGGCUUUUACUGCUGUUCACCCACAUUUUCCAGCUGCCGGUCAAUGUGAUGUUCGGCUCUGCAGUGAUUAAUGGAUUGACUGGAGGAUUCCCAGCGUACUGGAGUGGGAUUAAUGCCAUCACUGCCCUGAGGUCAGAACCAGCCAAACGCAGUCUGAGGUUAAAUGUGCUGGAGGUGGCAUCGGGGAUGGCUGGAUUCAUUGGCAGCCUGGCAUCCGGUCACUUCUUUUUGAUGAAAGUUAAUAACCAACAUGGGAUCUUACUGAUCUGCCUGUGCCUGAUACUGUACUUACUAAGUCUGCUGUAUUCAGCAUUUAUCCUCCGUUAUCCUUCUGUUCAGCCACAAGGUCAGCUCCCCACAGAGGUGAAUGACCCUAGCCCGAAGAGAUACAGCAUGCAGAUAGUUCUUCUCUUUAUCUGCUACCUCCUGUAUGAUUUUGGAGUGACUGGUGGUGAGAACAUCAUCACAAUCUUUGUCCUGAAGCCCCCUUUGAGCUGGGAUGCCAUCUGGGUGGGCUAUGGUAAAGCUGCCUGUCAUGUCAUGUUUCUGACCAGCUUCCUCGGAGUUCUCAUCCUCUCCAAAUGGCUGAGUGACACAUCCCUGGUGUUGAUGGGCAUCAUCUCCAACACGGCUGGAUUCACCACCAUGGCCUUUGUGAGGAGGAGCUCAGUGUAUUUCAUUGCUCGCAGCAUGAUGUUAUUCUCCUGUAUUCCGUUGCCUACUAUUCGAGCUCAGCUGUCGAAGCAAAUGGAAGGGGCCUCUUACGGUUCCAUCUUUGCCUGGCUCCAGUCAGCGAUGGCUUUAACAGACGUGAUUUCCACCGCUUUGUUCAACAGUCUGUAUGCUGGCUCUCUCCAAUCGGAGAGUAACUUCCUUCUUCUCUUGGCUGCAGCGAUAUGUUGGUCCAGCACUGUACCAGUUGUGUAAGUAUCCCUCUCUGUGACAGAGCCCACCCUGUCUGCCCUCAUUUCCCAUGUUCCUCUGUUCUUUCAAACAUCCUCCACUUCUCCACCCACGUUCUCGAUGUUGCAUCCCUCGCUCUCUCUCUGUCUCUGUUGGAACAUCAUCUCACCCCUAGACAGGAGACAAAAUGUCUGCAACACAAAUUCCCAGCUCGGCGAACAGAACCACAACAUCUCACCCCUUUCCCACACUUCCUUUUCCCAAACCACUCUUUCCCUCAGCUUUCAUCUCCAUGAUGCAUUAGAUGUGAAGGUAUCAUGUUGGACUGGGGUGGACAAAGUUAAAAAUCAACAUGGUGUUGUGUGAUUUUUGACAAUGCAUUAGAGACAGAC